AUGCGGGCCACCUCCUCCGGCGAGAAGACGGUCUUUCUGCUGAAGAAGGGCCUCACCCAGGAUGAGAUCGACCUGGUCUUUCAGCUGUGCAUCAGCCGGCCGGCCACUGAGGCUUCGCUCAAGAGCGAACUUGAGCUGCUCACCGCUUCGCUGGCCUCCACCUCCAACAGUCUCUUCGAUCGCCUACUUAAGAUGGCCUUCUACAUGACCGUCUUUGGGGGCGCCGCCUACGGCUCGUACCUCCUCUACCAAACGCUCCUCAGACCGCUGCUCUUCCCUGAGGAGGAGGAGGAAAAGGAGGCUGAGGCACGAAAAUCGGCGAACCUGGCGGCGGAAACGAACCAGAAAAUCGCCCUGCUGAGCGAGCAGAUCAGCGAGCUGCAGAAGAGCAUCACCAUCGUGCAGGAGUUUGUGCGCACCUAUUGCCGCGCCCGAGAUGACUCGCUCUUUGCGCUGAAGGCCGACCUGGGCUCGGUCAAGUCGCUGCUGGUCAGCAGGGACAACUUUCCCUCGGUGCCCACCAUUCCCAAGUGGCAGAUUGAGUCGACGAAGAAGAAGAGUGCUGCGGCCACCAACAACACUAGCACCGCCACAUCACAAGUGGCCAAGAAUGGUACCGGCGCAAAGGCAAACACCGGUGGCGACUCCUCCGGUGGCGAGUCCUCAAAGAGCGACUAG